AUGUCCUCUUCCUCCCUGCCCCCCCUGACCUCCUCCAACCCCUCCCUUCUCCCACCAGACCCCUCAUCUACCGUAUCCUUCCCGUCCGACCCUCCUGCAAAGCCGCUCGUCAGAAAGACAUACGGUCGCCAGAAACACGUCUCUCCGCCACCUGAACCCCAACCAUCGUCUUCGCCCGUAGACGCGCCGGGACCGUCGCCGUCCAAGAGAUGGACGAGUGCGAGCGAUAAGAUGCUUGCCAGUUUUGCGAGCCUCGAUCCCGGGGCUGGGGCGGACAAGGAGGAUGAGGAUGAAGUUAUGGAUGAUCAGGCGGUCAAGCGCGAGCUGGAAAGAAUGAGGAAGAGCCGACAAAGUCGUUCUAAUCCCGAGCCUGAACCAGCCGUUUCCGCCCCUGAAGAACACUCGCCAAGCAACGCGCCUGCGCCCGAGGCUGAGGGAGCCGUGCUCGAGCCCACCCAAGGCGACGAUAGCGACAAAGACGAUACUGAAGACACCCCCAAAGCUGCUCCCCGCAAAGACUCUCUCUAUGUCACUGUCAAUGGCUCUACCCACUCCACUCCUUCCCUCCCUGAACUCCAGCCGUCGUCUCCGCCUCGGGGCAAGUUUCCGUCCUCCAAUUCGCUCUCGAAUGGCGAGGAAGGACGAUCUUCCCAGAGUGGCGCGUCUGCUGAUACUUUUAUGAUUCAGAGGGAACGGCAGGAGAGGAAUGAAACACUUUCUCCUGAGAAGCAAGCGAAGAAAGGGUUGAAGAAGAAGAGGGUAGUGGUGGAGAGCGAUGAGGAAAGCGAAGAUGAUGUCCCAAUACGGGCACCUCGAGAUCGCUCCCCCGAAACUCCCAUACAGUGGGAAGACAAUGGAGACGAACCUGCAGACGAACCUCAGAAGGGUGAGUAUGAUCUCGGUGCUGCCAUGGAAGAGGUCGCGGAGGAAGAGGAGGAGGCGGAGAGGACACGAACGCGGAAUGAGAAGAGGGAGAAGGAGUUGAGUAGAAGAGAGGACCCUUUGAAGGGAGCGGGCAUGGACGGGCUCUUUGAUGACGACGAUGAGGAGCAGGAGAAAAAGUCAAAAAAGAAGGCAAGUCCGCAGAGCUCGAAAGGUCUGAACAGACAAGACAAGAAGCAGAUGCACAAGGACAUCGACGCCGCUGAAAGAAGUCGAACAGUCCACCUCGCCCGCCCCAGGACCGACUCCCACAACACCAUGGCCGACUGGAUGAGAUCCUACGCCGAAUCCCAAGCCGGCUUCAGCCGCUCACACCCUUCUUCUGGUCCUGCCGAAUCGAUUUCAGAGUUUGACACGCCUGUCACUGAACGUAUUGCGCCGGCAAAGACGGGGUCGGAGGGCAAAGUGCCGAGCUCGCAGGCGAGGUUGGCGGAGAGUAUUGUGACUUCUUCGCCUUCUGCUGCAUCAAACAAGCUGGGACGGAACGGCGUUUCUUUCAAGCCUUCUCCGAGGGCUACCCCUGCGCCGGUUGGAGAUGAAGUGGACGCAGGAGAGGAGGCACAGGAUUUUGCCGCGUUUGCGGCCGACCUUGAUGCCCAAGACGAUGCUGCCGAAGCUGCCUCCGCUCUCGCUGCUGAAAGGGCCGCCAAGCAGGCUGCGCUGUACAAGAGGAAGCUCGCGCUCGUCGCCAAGGCCGAACAAGAAAAGUCGAAAAAGAUCAGAAAGAAGGUAAAGGAAGAAGAAGGGGAUAGUGAUGUUGAGAUUGUUGACGGUCCGAAUGCCAAAAAGGGCAAGCGGCCUCUGUCCAAACUUCCCAAUGGCGCUACCUUGCAUCACAAGCCUCGCCCCUCCGAUCAGAAGAUAUCUGAGACUUACAUGGCUCACGCCGGCAAGGGGUUCGCCCACGCUCAUGAACGCUCUUUCAACGCCGGCUCCCGUCCGGCAGGCCAGAAACGGGGCAGAGAUAGAAUCAUUUCGCAACAAGAUCUGGACAAAGAUCUGCAUGAUAGAAUAGCGAGACAAGCCGCCUUUGUCAGGAAGGACAGGGAGAUGAUCUUUGGAAAAGGAAGGGUGAGGGUGCCAGAGAGACAAGAGGUGGAUUUGGAUGCGAUCCAACAGGAGUUAAGCAAGAGGGCAGAUGAGGAGGUCAAGGAUGAAGAUGAGGAAGAUAGGGAUGAGGACGAUGAAGAUUAUGUGGAGGAGGAGGAAACGGAGGAGGCGCUGUACAGCGGUGAGGAAGGAGACUCCGUCGAGGAGGACGAGGAGGAGGGUGAAGGGACCCAGGAAGAUGAGCCCGGCGUCAAACCCGUCGAGCACGAAGAGGAUGAGGAGAACGUCGCCUUUCCCAAACCCAAGACACGUCCUUCUGCUCGCAGACAAAUCGUCCCCGACUCUGACGACGAAGAUGACGCGCCUGCCUCAACCUUCAUGCCUCCCCCUGAUCUUCCCGCUUCCGCCACCCAACGACCCACACAAACCGCCUCUAGAAUUUCUGUCAACCUGGCCGAUGACGAUGUGCCGAUGGCUCCUGCAGAUGCAGGCGGCGAGGAGGGACUGGGAGACAAUUUUACAGCCGGCUUUGGAGACUUUGAUGUGGGAGGUUUCGGAGAUGAUGCUGGUGGAGGCUUUUCACAGCUGUUCAACGAGACUCAAGUUGAUAACGCUGAAGAUGCUUUGGCCAAGCUUCGAAAGCCCGACGCCUCGGGGCUAGCACCAACUCUUGCUGCCCUGCCCGAGGUCGAGAUAUCCGAGACCCAGAUGGCGCGGGACGAUGCGCUGGUCAUGGGCGUGAUGGAGGACGCUGCAAUGGACAACCGCCGAGAGUCCGAGGCGCCGAAGAAGAUGUACCUCAACACUCAAGGUAUGUUUACCCAGACAAGACCCAACGACUGGGAAGACGCCCCCGACCCAACUCAGCGUCCCUACGACGAAACACAGUCAACUCCCUAUUCUCACUCCCAGCGCCCCCCUUAUCCCAGUUCUACCCAGCAGGACACUGACGACACACCUCUUUCGACAUCAGAAAGAGAUGCUGCCGAUGUCAGUCCGACUCAGCCAAAGUUGAGAAGGCUCAAGAGACGUUCCUCACCUGCCACAGAGGCGGAAGAUGCGGAAGAGGAGGACGAGAGGGUAGCAACCCCCGAGCUGGAGGAGACACAAAUGUCGUCGGCUCCUCGUAACGCUUUGACGGCCCUCAUGGACUCUCGCAACCGGCGUGGCCCCUCCAAGCCCGCAAAGUCCAAGAAGGGCAAGGGGAAGGAGACGGAAUACAUUCAGCGCCAAGCUGAAGAGUCGGACGAUGAAGACAUGGGUGGAUGGGGCAAGACCCACGACGACGAGGAAGAAGAAGCCUCUGGUGACGAGGACCAAAUCGUGGAUGGCCUGGUCAACGAUGAGCAGAGGUCGGAGGCGGAACGGGAGAGAGAUGAAGAAUUGGGCAGAGCGAAGCUGAGAGAGAUCGAGAAGGCGGAUGACGAGAAGAGGACGAAGGCCGCAAAAGACCUCACUGAAGGAGUGCAUAGAAAGCACCGGAGGGGUGAAGACUUUGUGGACGAUGAUGAAGAGGAAAAGGGGCAGAGGUGGUAUAAGAGAAUCAACAAAAAAGUCAGAAAAAUCGUAAAUGAGAAAACAAAAGAGGGUCUCAUUGGUAACGAAAGUACCGACCGCUUUCAAGCGGCAUACGAAGAGGAGCAGGAUCCCGAAAGCGAUGAUGAGACUCAAGCUUAUCAUCCCGACAUCUUUGAAGGCGCAAGGGGCCCCUCGCCCGAAUUGCAGAGAGAGAACACGCCACCGGCGCAGGUAGGCUUUUUAGAGGGACUAAAGAGGUUACGAGAGAUGGGCAGGAAGAAUGGAGAGCGCAACAUGGAUACCUUGGACGACGAUCUGGAUAAGGAGAUUGGGUUGAACGACGAUGCGUUCCCUGGGGCGCGCAAACCCUUGGGGGAUACUUUUGACAACGCUAUCGACGCUGAUUCAGCCGCCAUGCCCGAGCCUGAAUACUCCAUCGCCCGGGGGAAUUCAAAGAGAAGGUCUGGUGCCCCAGAGGGUCCCGUGGACGACUUUGUGCGUAACUUGACUUAG